AUGGUGGUUACUCCUGCCUUCGAUAAGAGUCUUUUCCUCUCCAGUCUGGGUCCAGAAUAUGUGGGUUUCGACCAUAUCGCCUGGUAUGUUGGGAAUGCCAAACAGGCAGCAUCCUUUUACGUUACCCGGAUGGGGUUUAAACACAUCGCAUAUCGUGGCCCUGAAACUGGUUCGCGUGUCAUAGUAUCAUACGUGGUCUCCAAUGGCGAAGCGGUCUUUGUUCUCACCUCUCCGAAUUGCGCCCCAGGUCUUGAAUGGGACGACCAUGUCUCCGAGGAGGACGCUGAUCUGCUCGCCGAGAUCCAUGAUCACUUGACUAAACAUGGGGACGGGGUUAAGGACGUUGCCUUUAGGAUCAAUGGAGAUAUCAAGGAGGUCUGGAAGAAAGCUGUCGGUCACGGCGCAACCUCGACUUCGCCUCCUACCAUAUUGCACAAGAAUGGACACGGCUCGAUUACCUUGGCGACGAUAGGAACUUACGCGGACACGGCGCACUCUCUAGUCAAUCGGGAGGGAUAUACCGGUCCGUUCCUGCCGGGAUAUGACAAGGUCACCGAGGAGGAUCCCAUAAACAACCUCCUGCCCCAAAUCGACGUUAUCGAUAUUGAUCAUUGUGUGGGCAACCAGCCGUGGAAUGGAGUCGACCCUGUUGUUAAAUAG